AUGGCUCAGCAAAAUUUUAAGUCUUACGUCACAAUGCAGGAUGGUGUUUAUAAUCGUUUCGUUCGACAGUAUUUACUAUCGAAAAACUUUAAAGACUCAUUAAACGCAUUCGAAGUUGAAAGCUCUAGUGAAAAAAGUAAAGCAAAGUUCCAUCCUUCUGAUAUUGUUGAUCAUAUUCAAGAAGCAAUUUAUGAUUCAAAUUUAAAUCAAUUGGUUAAUCAAUGGAAUCUUUUAGAAAAUACAUUAUUUCAUAGACUUGCAGAUGACAAACAAAUCGCAGCCAAUGAACUGAAAGUUCAUGUUUUUCGAACGUAUUUAAUACAGGCUAAAAUGAAGAAACGUCAGGCAAAAAUGAUUGAAUUCUUUGAAUCGCUUUCAUCACAGUUCUGUUUCGAAAGAGAAGAAUGGCAGGCAUGGUGUGGUAAAAUGCAUUGUUUAGUUAAUCAAUUUUUCAUUUCAUUAGCUCUACCGUACACACUGGAUCCCAAAACAUAUCCCGAGUUUUUUAUGUAUUUUACAAAAUCUUGGAUGGAUGUGUUAAUCCUUUCGUUGACUAAUUUCCUUUGUCUUAUAUAUUAUUCGGAGAAUAAUCACAAUAAUAAUAUAAUACUUCAGGAUAUAGAAGUUGCAAGUCAAAAACAUAAGCCAAGUACAAGUGAAAGAACACAGUCUUCGACGAACCAACCACCUUUUGGAGAGCUGCUUGAUGAUUUCAUCGAACUGGGAACUAUUCGAACAAAUCCAAAGCCUACACAAUGAUCGUUAUAUAUAUAUAUAUAUCGUUUGUAAAUAACCGACGUAUAUCUUGUAAAACAUUUAUUUAAGUCAUUAGGUACUUUGUUGUAUUGAUUUCUAACUUUUACUUCUAAUAAACUAUUUUUUUCUCCUAUUUGCUACUUUUCCUUUAUCUAUCUGAAGCUGGUAAUUCA